AUGGCUGAGGAGCUUUUUGAAUCCGAUGUUGUUUUUUCGGAGGAUGUUGAAUCUGAAGAAGAGAAUGAGACACUGAAGAAGAAGAAGCAGCCGGAGGAGGAGGAGGAGAAUUCUGGUGAUGAGAUUGAUCAGGCUGAGAAGAAGAAGACUGUGGUGAGCUCGAAGCCGGUGAGAAUUCCGGAAGUGAUGUUUCGUCGAUGGGGAAAUGAUGGCUAUGACUAUGACGACGAGGAAGAGAUGGUGCCGCCGCACGUGAUUAUGGCGCGGAGGCUGGCCGGAAAGAUGACAUUCUCGAUGUGUUUUGGGAACGGAAGGACUUUGAAGGGAAGGGAUUUGAGCAGGGUGAGGAAUUCGAUUCUUAGGAUGACUGGUUUUAUUGAAGUCUGA